AUGGCUUUCAGCCGUCGACUGCAGCUCGGUGGCUACGCUGAGCAGCGGGCAGGCUCAGACUCUGGGAAGAAUGCCGGCGACGAUCUUGCGGAUGACGGUGGCGGCAGUAGCUUCCCUGCAGAGCAGAGAUCGCGGUGGCUGCCAGCACGCUGCCGUGAGCAGGUGAAAGAACACCCGGCCUCAGCGGGACACUUGGUGGAGGGAUUGGAUCUGCCUCCGGAGGCACUCUUCUGCUGGACAGCUGCCGACAUGGAGAUGUUUUGUGCCAGCGGUGGCUAUGUGAAGCCCAAGUUGAGGCUUCUCUACUACAUUUCCCCAGAAUGUCCGCAAACCAUUGUUGAUCUUGUUUCUCCGAGCCUUAGGAUGCAGAACUGGGCAUGCACAGUGCGACCAGAGCCAGGAAACACACCCAUCUUCGUCUGGGAGGGAUCGCGACCCAGCAUCGAUCCUUCGCCAACUUUGUCCCUGGGAGGGCUCGUUAACCGCGUGGCUCCCGUGCUUCCAGCUACCAGGAAAGUGGGCAUGCUGAGAGCCCUGCAGAAGUGGUGCUCAUGCAGACGGCAGGAGUUCCCUCCACCCUGGUAUCCUGUUACCUUCGAGCUGCCCAGCAGCCUGGAGGAGUGGAAGCAGCACGUUUCGCAGCACCCAGCUAAGCGCUGGAUCUACAAACCGAACGGUGGCGCUCGCGGGGUUGGGAUCAUCCUGGUCUCUGCCGUCGAGGAGGUCGACUCGCCAGAGCGCCCGUUCAAGGAAAGGUGCCGUCCACAGCGCCCGGAGGAUUUGUAUGCAUCGCCGCUGGAAGAGCGCUACUUCGCACCCACUGGAAUUAUUCAGGAGUACGUUCAAGACCUGCAGCUCCUCAAAGGACACAAGUUUGCAGUCCGAGCUUACUUGCUGAUUGCACGGGUGCAGCCCCUGUUGGUGCUACUGCACGGUGCUGCCUAUGCCAAAGUUUGCGGGCAGGACUGGCAGAAUCAGAACUGUGCAGUCAGAUUCGAGCGCGUGGCAAUGCAUGCAUGUUUGCAGAAAUAG